AUGCCCACGGACUUGCGCACACCCAUUUCUUCCUUGCAACUAGCCCACGAAGGGACAUCCAAGCGGAGUGGGAUUACAAGACUGACAGUAGAUAUACCAUCGUCCCACCGUCCUCAGGUCGAAGCCGGUCUGCAUAAUCCACCGCGAUGGAGAACACCUGAAUUCUUUGUGUAUGGGGCAUUCUUCUGUGUUGUCGUCCCCAUCAUGGUUUGGAUACCCGUGCAGUUGAGCUCGUCCGAACAUCCAAAUUUUAAUAUGUAUCGACGAAAACUUUCGCCAGGUUGGAUUUCUGGCAGAUACGUUGACAACAGUGAUGCACAAUACCGCUCAUUUCGAAGUAAUACAUUACCUCUAAUAUUUCUUUCCGGAGCAUUUUUUGGCCUCAAGCUUCUAUAUUCCCGGUCCUUACGGCGAGUGCGCCUAACAGGCCCCUCAAACAAUUCGUAUCUUGUUCCUUUCUUGGCCCUCUUUUCCCUAAUCAUGCUCGCGGGCCUUCAUGGUGCGAGCGUUUUGAAAGUCCUUGUAAUUCUAUCCGCGAACUAUGCGCUUGCCAAGACAUGUGGGAGUUCUCCAGUUGGCCCCGUGCUUUCGUGGAUUUUCAACAUAGCCAUCUUGUUUGCGAACGAGAAGAAUGAGGGCUAUCGCUUCACUAGCCUGCAUACUGCGCUUGAAAUUUUGGACAGAGCUAAGGGUAUCUACCCGCGUUGGCAUAUCAGCUUCAAUAUUACUAUGUUACGACUUAUCUCUUUCAGUCUGGAUUACUACUGGGCUUGCAAGCCAGCAGGCCUAGCGGAUCCAGGCGGCGUUUUGAAUGAAAAACAGCGAGGCGCUAUCGCUCAUCCGCUCCAGACAUAUUCUUUCGUGAAUUACAUAGCCUAUGCCCUCUACCCGCCCUUGUAUAUCGCUGGUCCAAUAAUGACGUUCAACGACUUUAUGUGGCAGGUUAUCCAUCGACCAGUGGCUAUCCCUCUGCGCAGGACCUUGAACUACCUUCUUCGCUUUGCUAUUUGCUUCUUCAUGAUGGAGCUGAUACUCCACUUCAUGUAUGUUGUCGCAAUCAAAGAUGCCAAGGCAUGGUCAGGCUACUCGGCAGCUCAGUUAUGUAUGAUCGGAUUCUGGAAUCUCAUUGUAGUCUGGUUGAAGCUACUCAUCCCAUGGCGCUUCUUCCGCCUUUGGGCCCUCGUAGACGGUAUUGAUCCGCCGGAGAAUAUGGUUCGAUGCAUGGCAAAUAAUUAUUCCGCACUUGGAUUUUGGAGGAGCUGGCAUCGCAGCUACAACCUCUGGAUUGAGGAACGAAGAAUGCUCCUCGCAUGGGGCUGGCUUGUGAGCUUGUUCAUCUUGCCAGAAAUCAUAGCACGGUUCCUCUUACCUCCAGCAAGAUUCGGCACUAGGCCAUGGUAUCGGCACGUUUGUGCUAUAGGCGCUGUGUUCAAUAUCUUGAUGAUGAUGAGCGCCAAUCUGGUAGGAUUCGUUAUUGGGACAGACGGUAUAUCCUAUAUGUUACAUCAAGUUCUGGACAGCUGGGAAGGAAUACGAUUUCUUGCCUUUGCAUGCACGUGUUUAUUCGUUGGCGUACAGGUCAUGUUCGAGUAUCGGGAGGAAGAACUACGUAAUGGUAUCAUUCGUAGAUGUUAA